AUCGCCUUCACUUCACAAUCACAAACUCAUACACAUCACAAAAAGAGAGAGAUGGAAGGAAUAGAACACAGAACGGUGGAAGUGAAUGGCAUCAAAAUGCAUAUUGCAGAGAAAGGAAAAGAAGGUCCAGUUGUUUUGUUCCUUCACGGCUUCCCUGAACUCUGGUAUUCAUGGCGCCACCAGAUUGCUGCUCUUGGCUCCCUCGGUUACCGUGCUGUUGCUCCAGAUCUUCGUGGCUACGGCGACACCGAUGCUCCCGCUUCAAUAAGCAGCUACACAAUCUUCCACUUGGUGGGUGAUAUCGUUGCUCUCAUCGACUCACUCGGCGUUGACCAAGUGUUCCUUGUAGCUCAUGAUUGGGGUGCCAUGAUUGGUUGGUAUCUUUGUUUAUUUCGCCCUGAAAAAAUCAAAGCUUAUGUUUGUUUGAGUGUGCCGUAUUUACCCAGAAACCCCAAAAUGAAACCAGUUGAUGGCAUGCGAGCUUUGUUUGGAGAUGAUUACUAUAUCUGCAGAUUCCAGGAACCAGGAAAAAUGGAAUCUGAAUUUGCGAAAGGUGGCCCAGAACUGCUGAUCAAGAACAUGCUUACAAGUAGGAAUUCUGGGCCACCAAUCCUACCAAAAGAAGGCGUGAUACCUAAUCCACAUGCUUCCGGUACAAAGGCUCUCCCUUCUUGGCUCUCACAAGAAGAUAUCACUUACUAUGCUUCUAAAUUUGAAAAGACAGGAUUCAGUGGUGCCCUUAACUACUAUAGAAAUCUUAACUUAAAUUGGGAGCUCACUGCAGCAUGGACGGCAGCAAAAAUUAAGGUGCCAGUGAAGUUCAUCACAGGUGAUUUGGAUGCAGUUUACACUUCUUUUGGUACCAAGCAAUACAUCGAGAGUGGUGGUUUCAAGAAAGAUGUGCCAAAUUUGGAGGAAGUUGUUAUACAGGAAGGUGUGGCUCACUUUAACAACCAAGAAGCUGCUGAAGAUAUCAGCAAUCACAUUUAUGAUUUUAUCAAGAAAUUCUGAUCGUAUCAACUCAAUUCGCAAGCCACUAUUCACCAGGAGUUAAGUUAAAUCGUUUUCUUAAUAAAUAAUUUAGCUGCAAUCUAUGUUUUUCUCUUGCGGCAAUUUGAAGUUACCGUUGCAUGCUCGUUGCUUAAGUAUUAAUACUUUGUACUCUGAUUCUUCUAUUACGAAAAUUUUAUCCAUUGCUCAUUUUCAUUUUAUAUCAUAGACUGUAAUCCUUGUUAUAUCAUAGACUGUAAUCCUUGUUCAGUUGUUCUAAUGAACAUGAAAUUCCUUUGUUAUGGCUUUAA